AUGGGAAAACACAAGGGCAAAGUCGAACAAGGGCAAAGUCGAAAGCACCGUGAAAGACAAGAUCCUACUUCAUUGGAGAGCAUAUCAACUCGUUUGUACGAGGCUGUGUCCAUAUUAAACCGGAUGGAGUUGCAGCACAAGAAAGACAUGGGGAAGGUCAAGUUAGAGCUAAAAAAAAUGCGGAAAGCCUUUUGUGGUGAAGAUUUUGAGAAUUCAACUAGUUCUAAUGAUAGUGAGCAGGAAUCUAAUGGGUCCAACCAUGAUGACAGCCAACAAAUGGACACAGACAAUGAUACCCAAAGCAGCGUCAACGGCACCGAUACUGUUCCAUUUCAUUCCAGACUGUCGAGCUCGCUGGCAUUGCUGGCCGGAUCUUCCCUCAGAUUUCAGGGGUCUAGGCAAAACCAAUCUGAUCUUUUCAAGGUGUCUGCCCAGCUGAAUGAGGUUGCUACCAAGAAAUCUUCAAAUUCUGCAGCAGUUCUCGAGGCAAAGUCAGAGGAAACUGCAAAAGAAUCUCCUGCUCAAAAUACUGUUCCAGAUGUGUCAUCCAUUUCAGCAUUUAUGACCCAAGUGGCACACAUUGUUAAGCUUGUAGAUUCAAGAGACAUCAUGGAACUGCAGCUAAAGCAAUUGGAUUGUGAACUCGUUAUAAGAAAAAAAGAAGCUUUGCAAGUUGCAGCUCCUGUAGUUAUGAUGCAACCCCAUUCUGCCCAAGCCAUGGUGCCAUCUCAAUUCCCUCAAGCGCAGGUCAGUGCUCCUAUUCCCUCACCUCCAGCUUCAGCACCAGUGCCGCCUAGCCCUGCAAAACCAAAAUCGUCCCAUCCUCCACUGAAAUGCCCAAUGGCUGGAACAUUUUAUCGUUGUCCUGCACCAGGAGCUCCUCCUUUUGUGAAGGUAGGAGACAAGGUCCAGAAAGGCCAGGUAGUUUGCAUCAUUGAGGCCAUGAAACUGAUGAAUGAGAUUGAAGCUGAUCAAGCUGGAACUGUAGUUGAGGUACUUGCAGAGGAUGGGAAACCAGUUAGUGUGGACAUGCCUCUAUUUACCAUUGAGCCAUGAAGAAUUAAGCAAUGUCUUCUUUUAUGGAUCCUUGGUGCACGGAAGCAUAGGAUGAGUUUGAGCUUAGUUAAUUUAUGUUCUUCCUAGUUUGAGCAUAGUUCGUUUGUGUUCCUACACUUAAUUAUGUGUUUGUUAGAUCUUUCUUUGUUUAUUUAUUUUUCUUUGUUUUUUUACUUGGACUCAUAAAUUUUGAAGCAAUAGAACUAUUUAUAUUAGAUUUUA